UUCUAUUUACCAGCUGACCACCUAUUUUGUGUAGACCCAUUUCUCAGAGAGAAGCAUUUCGUCUUUAUACCUCAAUAACUUAGACAAAAACAAAGCUUCAUUCAGAAAGGCAAUACAGAGCAACAACGAACUGGGAUCUUCGAGCUGCAGAGGAGAAAAUGGCAAGAGAGCAAAAAGAGAGGAGAGAGAAGGAAGCAGCCAAGAAAAAUGAAAGGGAUCAGAGGACCGCUGCCAGAGUCCAAGCUGAGGCUGCUCGCCAUCAAGAAUCAUCGAGCAGUAGUCCGUCAGUUUACAGACACCGAAAUGUGAAUCCGCCUCCUCGUGAAGAUAACUUCAUCCCUUUGGAGAUGAAGACUAGCUGCAGGAUCGAACUGACCGCGUGGAAGAUGGAUGAAGUUAUGGAUGAGGCUGCUACUCUGGAGAAACAGAUCAAGCUUGUAAACUUAGCGGAGGUUAUAGUGACUUACUUGUACCACAGAAAGACUCGAAAGGAUAACUUCAUCCCUUUCGGACUAUUUUCAAAAUUGGCAAAGGCACUGCGUGAUGUACUUGAGAAUGAUGCUGCUGCCUACGAAAUUGUUUUUAAAUUGAUGGAGGCACCAACUCAAGAAAGUUGUCAUGAGAGUGAGGAUGGUGAUGAUGGUGGUGAUGAUGAUGAUGAUGAUGAUGAUGAUGAUGAUGAUGGGGAUGAUCUUGAUAAGAAGAAAGAUGGUGAAGACAUCCUGAAAAGAAAAGAAUCAGCAACUAAAAAUAUAAUCAGGAGAGAUCAACCACCAUCUUCGCCCUCUGGAGUUCCAACUCGGAAAAUUGCUGAGCUUGCUGAGCGGGAGGCAAAGGGAAAUAGGCAUGAGAGUAGUGGCGAUAAAAAGGCCUUCCUGAAACCAUCAUCUUCAGCCUCUGUGACUUCAACUAAGCAUAUUGUUGACAGAAAUAGAGAUGACAACAAUGGCUUCAAUAAGGUUCACAAAAAAUAUUAUGCUGAAGCAGUUAAGGGCACAGAAAGGCCGAGGACUGAGAAAGAAGGCGGUUAUACUAAUAAAGGAACCACCAAGCCUCCUUUUCGACUGCCAGAAUCGCCAUUUCAAUCACUAUCAAGGAGAUGCAUACCGAGGAGGUAUCUACCUCAAUGUUCCAAUUCAGAACCUUUAACUGGACAUUCAUCUGGGUCUGAUGACCAAGAGGUCAAAACUGGAGAAAUUGGGAUGAGUAAUAAUAGAAAGAGAACUGAAGAAGUUUGUCCCCAUUCAAGGAUUGAUCAUGAUCUCGACAGGUCAAGGACCAGCAAGCCUACUCUUCAUUCAUCCAAAUAUUCAAUCAGAGGCAUACUCAGCAGAAACCAACCUCGAUCUUCAACCUCUAGAACUUGGACUAGGCACACCGCUUGGCCUAAUAAUCGAGGAAAGGAGAAGAAAUGGAUAGACGACAGAUACGGAAAUAAUUUCUACAAAUCUAAAGGUUUCAGAUCAUCGGAAUCUUUGGACAAAACAAUCACUGACAGGUUUUGGACCAAAGAGAGAAGCCUGAAACAGCUGCCUUCAGCUUCUGGAACUUCGAGAGGCGACUACGCCUCUGAGGGAAUGCAGAGAAUAGGAAACAGAAAAAAAAUUGAUACGAGCCCGGUCUUGAAGCAUUUAGGGCUACAACAGUCGAGUACUUACGAAGAGAAGAAAGAAGAAAAAGAGAAGCAUUGUGGUGGUGAGAGAAGUGAGAGAGAAGAUGGUGAUAGUGAUGAAGGUGAUAAUGGGGGAGUGAGCUAAAAGAUGCACUUGAAAUUGUUCUUUUUCCUUCCCCGUUGUUUAAUUUCUGUGAAUGAUGUAUACAGAUUAAUUAGU